AGCUCUCCCGUCGCCUCUCCUGCCUCUGCCUUUGCCUCUGCCUCUGCCUCCUCCACACCCAUCAUCUCCUCCUUUCCUUCCGAUCUCCGAGGAAGCAAAAAAUCGUCUUUUCUUUUCAAAGCUUAAUCUCACUCCGACCGUAGACCCCCGAGUUUGGCGGAGAGGAUAUCGGCGGAACUGCCGAACAAUAAACUUCGAUUUUGGACCUAGCCAGUGCCACCAGAUAUUCUUGCCGGCGGUUUUAAUUGAGGUGUGAGAUCCGGUGGUGCCGGAGGAGUAUGGGACCAGUCAUGACCGCUGGUGGCGGUAAUAAGUUGAUCUCUGUUCAGCCCAAUGAUCUCAAAUUCAUUUUUGAGCUUGGAAAGACAAGCUCUUGUGAUCUUAAGGUUGUGAACAACACAGAACACCAUGUUGCUUUUAAGGUUAAAACAACUUCACCUAAGAAGUACUUUGUACGACCAAACACUGGUGUUGUAGAGCCUUGGGACUCAAUUGUCAUUAGAGUUACCCUCCAAGCCCAGAAGGAAUAUCCUCCAGAUAUGCAAUGCAAAGACAAAUUUCUUCUACUGAGUACUAUAGUGUCUGCACAUACUAAUGUUGAUGAGCUAGUACCUAAUACUUUUAAUAAGGACAACGGUAAGGUGAUAGAGGAGUGCAAGCUUAAAGUGUUUUACAUGUCCCCUAACUCAGCUUCAGAAGAUGCAGGAUUAAGAAGCUCCAUACAGAGCCUUGAUUCAAACUCUGCUUUACAACGGUUGAAGGAUGAAAGAGAUGCAGCAAUUCGACAAACAACGCAGCUGCAACAGGAACUGGACAUGCUGAAGAGACGAAGACAUCGAAAAGGUGACUCUGGCUUCUCUAUCACUUUUGCAGUCUUUGUGGGACUUAUUGGAAUCAUGGUUGGCUUUCUCUUGAAUCUCUCUUUGUCUUCACCACUACCAACAGAAUGAAUUUACAGCAUUCACAACAGUGAGAGUAUUUUUUUCCCACUUAUUUCUAUUUUGUUCUGUAGUAGGCCUCUCCACUAUAGUUGCCUGCUUUAUGUACCCAGAAAUAUCAGUGUCCCAAGUUACCCAUUGUGUCUUGCCUAUAGAUUUUGUGAGGCUUUUCCUGUGACGAGGAAAAAUAUUGGUAGGUAAAAUGACUGGGAGAGAGCUUGUUAUAUUGGUAGUUUCCCUCACAUUUGUUGAGAGUGUCAACAUAAAUGUCUUGGUUGAUACAUUUUUCAUGAAGAUUAACUUGCAGCCCUUAUUUGGUUAUUUGAAUUGAAAGAAAUGUAAUUCUAAAUAUAAUUGGGAUUGCUGU